AUGUCCGUAUUUCGCUCUAUAUCGAUGAAGACGUACAGACAGCUGUCCAGUUUGAGCGUAGCCACGAAUAAGUUUGAAAACUACGCCUUCAGACAGACCGAGUCGACGCUCUCCUCUCACUACCAACAACUCACCAGGACAGUCAAGCCUGGAGCGACAAAAGAUAUCGCAGAGCAUCCCGAGAAUUCAACUCGCAACAGGUGGUCUAAUGUGGUCUCAUACGAUCAUAGUCAAUUCAUGCUUGACGAGGACUGUGCUGGACCCCUUCCACGUGACAAAGAGCCGCCCACGUACAUUAACGCCAGCUGGAUCCCGGGCGAGAAUGACGAAAAAGAAUAUAUUGCCACCCAAGGUCCGAAGAAAGGAUACAUUUUGGACUUUUGGACAAUGGUAUGGCAGACUAAGUCCAGAACGAUUAUAAUGCUCACCAAUCUUCGAGAACCUUCUCCAGGUGACAGGGAGGGGGGCAAGAUGAUGGAAAAGUGCGCCAGGUACUGGCCAGACAAACGCCGCCACCACACCACACUAAAACUCACUCCAAACUUCAAAGUGGAGAAUCAGGGAGAGGAGAAUUUGGGAACUUGUGGCGUCAUCAGAAGCCUCAAAGUCACGCAAAUGGAAGAAGAGCUUUUGGUGAAGCAAUUCCACUUCACUGUGUGGCCCGAUCAUGGGGUGCCUAAAAACUUCGACGAGUGUGUUCUCUUUCUCAAGGCCACUCGUGAACACGCACACAAGAUUUAUGAACAGAAACCAACAGAAGCAAAAAGAAACCAACAGAAAUAUACUUGUCAUGAAGAAACAAUUGGUUUUCAGUUCCCGCUGUCAACCCCGCGCAUUGUGCACUGCUCAGCUGGUGCUGGAAGGACUGGUUGCUACAUUGUGUUGUCUCGGGUACUGGACCAGCUGGAAAGGAAGGCCACCCAGAUGGACAUCAAACGACUCGUAGGCGAGCUCAGAUACAACAGAAUGGAAAUGGUUCAGACUUCGUCCCAGUACAAAUUUAUCCACGAUAUGACGGCAUUCCUCAUCAACAAGAUGAACUGAAGUUACAUCAUAGUUACGUCAUCGUUUCGUCUUGUGCCAAAAGGAAUCGUUACAAAGAAGAAACAUUGCCAGUUGGACCAAAACGUUCAUCGCUCUUUGAGCAAACCCGUAGUUCGUUCAUUGCCUUCCUGAUGAAGUGACGUUUCGCCAUUAUUACGCGGUGUGCCUAGUUAAUCUUUGCCGGCAAAAAGUUAACCAGUUCAACAAAAAAAACGUUCAUGAUC